GAAGCAAUUAAAAUUAAAUACUUGAACUCCAAAAUCUAGAGAUGAAUUAAAAGAUGCAUCCUUCUUUAAUAAGUUUUAAAAUGUUAAAAACGAUCAAUCUAAAACAUAGAUGGCAUUUACAUCGAUAUUUGUCAACUGAGGCGACGCAAGAUUUAUUUUGAUUUAGAAAUUAGUCAACGAUUGUAAGGGGGUUAAGGUGUGCGGACGUGGUUUUUUGUGUUACUUAAUCGGGGCCAAACUUUUAAGUACUUGCUUAUCGGAGGUCAAGAACUGAAAGAAUGACCCGAGGAAAUCAGCGAGAGUUAGCACGAGCCAAAAAUAUGAAAAAAACUGUUAAAAAGUCAGCAGCCGAACAAGAAAGCAAUAAGGGUCUCUCACUAGAACAGCGGAAAGCACGGUAUUAUUUAAUAGAUGCAGAACGAAUGAGAGAAAAACAACAGAAGAAACAAGAGCAGCAUGAAAAUACUAAGCAAGGUGCAAGAUAACUCCUACUAUUAUAAGAGAUGUAAAUUGUUUGACUGAAUUUAAGAAUAAACUUUUAAGUAUGUUUUUAAAAUUCUUGAUUAUAAAGCACCAAAGCUAUGCUUAAUGCGAGUGCAUAAAGAAUUCAUAGUGUUUUUAAUUAUAGAGAAUAUCUUCAGACUGUAUAAUGCAGUGUAUGUUAUAAAACUAGGUUCAAGCAAUCAUGUUACUUACAUGUUUGCAAAACACUAAUAGUCAAUGUGUAUGAAAAUAUUGUUAUUUACACUGUAAUGGUUAAA